GUCUGUACGUUGAUUGGUGAAGCAUUUCUUGCCCUUAAGAGACGAGAUCUGCUGGUGUUGAGAUCUCGGGCCCGAGGUACAGAACAGUUCCAGUGAGCUUGUCUCAGCUGCGGCGGAGUGAGCGCCGGUAAUUACGAGCAAAUCUCUGUACAACGCUUGGUGCCACGCAAGGCCGCUUGGAGUAUGGUUUGAACAUGCGUUGCUUGGCAGCCAGAGUCAACUAUAAGACUCUCAUUUUUAUCUGCUCUCUCUUCACCCUCGUAACGGUCUUGCUAUGGAAUAAAUGUUCUUCCAACGACCAUACUUCGAAUCUGUCGUGGGAUCCUCAGGGAGGUCUCCGAGUUGACAGUUUAGAUAAGCGGGCAGCAGCUUCAGAGAGCAAUGCAGCCAACAGUCCGCCCCGAUCUGAGGAGGCAUCUCCCCAGGAACAGCAGAAAGCUCCACCUUUGGUGGGGAGUAAAGGGACAGGGCAGAAGUACGAGGAGAUAGAUUGUAUGGUUAAUGAAGAGCAAUCUGUACGGUGCAGAAAAGAAGGGACGGAGGUCUACAUGCCCUUCUCCUGGGUGGAAAAGUACUUUGAGGUUUAUGGAAAGAUCGCUCAGUACGAUGGCUUUGAACGAUUUGAGUUUUCCCAUAGCUACUCUAAAGUAUAUGCACAACGUGGGCCGUACCAUCCCGAUGGGGUUUUUAUGUCAUUUGAAGGAUACAAUGUGGAGGUCCGAGACCGGGUAAAGUGCAUCAGUGGAGUAGAAGGAGUCCCAUUAUCCACCCAGUGGGGUCCACAGGGAUAUUUUUACCCAAUUCAGAUUGCACAGUAUGGUCUAAGCCACUACAGCAAAAAUCUGACUGAGAAGCCCCCCCAUGUAGAAGUAUAUGAGAGGGCUGAUGAAAAGAGCGGCGUGACUGGAGUUUGGAACAUCCCUAAAGGAGCCUCCGUCACCACUGUGUUUGACAAUACCAAGAAUAGCCACGUCAAGCAUUUUGUGGUUCCAGAGAAAUCAGAUGGGGCUUCGCUGGAGUUGGGGAACACAAAGGACUUCAUCUUAUCUCUGGAUGUGAAGUUUGUAUCUAAUGGCAGCAUCUCGGUGGUGAUGGAGACAACCGAGAAGAACCAAAUCUUUACUGUACACUACAUCACCAAUACACAGCUUAUUGCAUUCCGCGACCAUGAUGUCUUUUACGGGGUGGGAUCACGGACAGCUUGGAGCACGCUGACCCGUGAUCUAGUGACAGACCUCAAAAAGGGCGUGGGACUGUCCAACACAAAGGCUGUGAAGCAGACCAAGAUCAUGCCGAAGAAAGUGGUUCAGAUUGUGGUGAAGGGCAGUGGCUUUUUAGACAAUAUCACCAUAUCAACCACCGCCCACACAGCUGCCUUUUUUGCUGCCAGUGAUUGGCUGGUGAGAAAUCAGGACGCCAAAGGUGGCUGGCCAAUAAUGGUGACUCGAAAGCUGGGAGAGGGAUUUAAGGCGUUGGAGCCAGGGUGGUACUCUGCCAUGGCUCAAGGGCAGGCAAUAUCCACAUUGGUCCGUGCCUACCUUCUUACCAAGGAACAGUACUAUCUGGACUCUGCACUCAGAGCCACUGCUCCAUUUAAACUGCCUUCAGAAAAGCAUGGUGUAAAAGCAGUAUUCAUGAACAAAUAUGACUGGUAUGAAGAGUACCCCACCACCCCAAGCUCCUUCGUACUGAAUGGCUUCAUUUAUGCUUUGCUUGGUCUGCAUGACCUAAAGGAAACUGCCGGAGAGAGGCAGGGUAAGGAGGCUAGGCUCUUGUAUGAACGAGGUAUCGAGUCCCUCCGAGCCAUGUUGCCUCUAUAUGAUACAGGAUCUGGCAGCAUCUAUGAUUUACGACACUUUAUGCUAGGCACCGCCCCAAACCUUGCCCGCUGGGACUAUCACACCACUCACAUUAACCAGCUGCAGUUACUUGCAAGUGUGGAUGGGUCUCCAAUAUUUAGAGACUUUAUCCGACGCUGGAAAAGCUACCUGAGAGGGGGACGAGCCAAGCACAACUAGAAAGGAGGGAAGAGAAAUUGCUUUAGAAACCAAAAGUUGCAAUGAGCGUGGCCAGAUGUGCCUGGCCCAAUACACUUCCCUCACUGUCUCACACGCCUGGAGAUCUUGAAACACAACUUAAACAAGAGGAGCUAGUAUCUAAUAUUAGUUUGGCAAAUAGAAAGCUGGAAGCAGAUGAAGCUUUUUAUAUGAAUCCCAAAGAGCAGUUUUUUUUAUAUAUAUAAAACAUGUCCUCUCUGUGAUGCCAUUGAAUAAAUGAAUAUUGGAAACUGAUGGGAUUAAUGAAUGAGAUUCCAGUUGUAGGUAUAGUGUGCUGACAAUCAUAUAAACCAAUCAAUGGCAUCAUGGACUGAACAAAAACCAGAAAAAUGCUACGCAUACACACUCUUUGGACUUUCCAUUCUAUAAUUAAUAUAUGAGAGUAAAUAUACCCUGAUUUAAGUAGAGUUUUUCUUCCAUUUAUAUUCUCUUAUAGAGACAAUAGCAUCUGCCAGCACAAAGCACAGUUGGACAGAUUUUUCCUGCAUAUCUUCCUUUGUACAAGUGCCAGCUGUCUGGUCGCUUUAGCUUACCCAGACAUUCUCCAUAAAUUGGAAUCUAUAGAUUGUGCAGAUCCCGUGCACUUAUAGAAAAAAGGAAUGUUCUGUAUUUACAGUAAGCUGUAGUGUCAUUCUUUACUGUGUACUUCGCAGGAAAGAAAUGGAAGAUAAACCCUAUUUAUACAGAGUAUAUUUUGCCUUUAAGAGCAGAAUUCUAGGAAUCCUGUGUAAUGCACUUUAACAGCUGACCUGUUACUAUGUGAAUACAUAUCAGUUAGUUUUCUGGCUUCCAAAGAUUCUGCCCCAGAGUGUAUAGUAUUUAGUAGAAAAUGCUGCGUGUGUUCCUGGCAAGCUACUGUGGAUCACAGUUUCAAAUGCUUAGUUUUCUACAUUUUUGGGAAAGGGGAGGGGGGUGGGCUGAAGAGUAAUUUUUAACCAAAUUUUUUUAUUUAUGGCAAAAGUUUACGGAGUGAGCAUUAUCUAUAAAAACUGUCCUGAAUUUCCUUGAUCUCUGCUUUAUUGUUUACUUAUUUGUUGGCUUCCCCUGUGAUCACUGUGAGAAUUAAUACAAACAAUUUUUUUUUACUCA